UGCAGUGGCCGCCGCCGCGUCGGCGUCGUCUGGGGCCGUCCUGGUCCUGGUCCGGGGCCGGUGCGGCGGCUGCUCGCCAUGGCGCAGGCGGCCAAGCAGCUCAAGAAGAUCAAAGACAUCGAGGCGCAGGCCUUGCAGGAGCAGAAGGAGAAGGAGGAGACCAACCGCAAGCGCAGGAACCGCUCGCGGGACCGCAAGAAAAAGGCUGAUGCUGCGACCAGCUUCUUACGGGCGGCACGAUCUGGAAACUUGGACAAGGCUCUGGACCACUUGAGGAAUGGUGUGGAUAUUAACACCUGCAACCAGAAUGGGUUGAAUGCUUUGCACCUGGCCUCCAAGGAGGGACAUGUGAAGAUGGUGGCUGAGUUGCUGCACAAGGAAAUAAUUUUGGAAACCACCACCAAGAAAGGGAACACGGCCUUGCACAUCGCUGCCUUGGCAGGACAAGAGGACGUGGUGAGGGAGCUGGUGAACUUUGGGGCAAAUGUCAAUGCACAGUCCCAGAAAGGCUUUACGCCUCUGUACAUGGCAGCGCAGGAGAAUCACCUGGAAGUGGUCAAGUUCCUGCUGGAGAAUGGCGCCAACCAAAACGUUGCCACGGAAGAUGGAUUCACACCUCUGGCUGUGGCUCUGCAGCAGGGUCACGAAAAUGUGGUGGCUCACCUGAUUAACUACGGGACCAAGGGCAAAGUGCGUCUGCCAGCACUGCACAUAGCUGCACGCAAUGAUGACACUCGGACGGCGGCUGUGCUCCUGCAGAACGACCCCAAUGCGGACGUCCUGUCCAAGACUGGUUUUACCCCACUGCACAUUGCUGCACACUACGAGAACCUCAACGUGGCCCAGUUGCUACUGAACCGAGGCGCAAGCGUCAAUUUCACUCCCCAGAAUGGCAUCACCCCACUGCACAUCGCCUCCCGCCGGGGCAACAUCAUCAUGGUGCGCCUACUGCUGGACCGGGGAGCCCACAUCGAGACCCGCACCAAGGACGAGCUGACACCGCUGCACUGCGCCUCCAGGAAUGGGCACGUGCGGAUUGCGGAAAUCCUGCUGGAUCACGGUGCUCCCAUCCAAGCAAAGACCAAGAACGGCCUGUCCCCCAUCCACAUGGCCUCCCAGGGAGACCACCUCGACUGUGUGCGACUUCUGCUGCAGUACAAUGCUGACAUCGACGACAUCACGCUGGACCACCUGACGCCGCUGCACGUGGCCGCCCACUGUGGCCACCACCGAGUGGCCAAAGUCCUGCUGGAAAAGGGGGCAAAGCCCAAUGCUCGGGCGCUGAAUGGCUUCACCCCUCUGCACAUCGCCUGCAAGAAGAACCACAUCCGGGUGAUGGAGCUCUUGCUGAAGACGGGAGCCUCCAUUGAUGCUGUCACCGAGUCUGGGCUGACCCCUCUCCACGUGGCCUCCUUCAUGGGGAACCUCCCCAUCGUCAAGAUCCUGCUGCAACGAGGAGCCUCUCCCAAUGUUUCCAACGUGAAGGUGGAGACCCCCCUACAUAUGGCAGCCCGGGCUGGGCACACGGAAGUGGCAAAGUACCUGCUGCAGAACAAGGCCAAAGUCAAUGCCAAGGCCAAGGAUGACCAGACCCCCCUGCACUGUGCGGCCCGCCUUGGCCACUGCACAAUGGUGAAGCUGCUGCUGGAGAGCGGCGCCGACCCUAAUCUGUCCACAACAGCCGGGCACACGCCCCUGCACAUCACAGCACGCGAGGGCCACCUCGACUGCGCCUGCGCCCUCCUGGACAAGCAGGCUUCACAGACGGUCAUGACCAAGAAAGGAUUACCUCUGCACGUUGCUUCCAAAUAUGGGAAAGGUGGAUGUCGCCCAAGGUGCUGCCUGAGCACAAUGACCAAGCCCAACCAGCGGGGAAAGAAUGGCCUCACGCCCCUGCACGUCGCUGUUCACCACAACAACCUGGACAUUGUCAAAGUGCUGCUGCCCAAAGGAGCAUCCCCGCACAGCGUGGCCUGGAACGGAUACACCCCCCUGCACAUUGCCGCCAGGCAGAACCAGAUGGAGGUGGCCAGCAGCCUGCUGCAGUAUGGCGCCUCCGCCAACGCCGAAUCCACGCAAGCUGUGACCCCGCUGCACCUGGCGGCCCAGGAAGGCCACUCCGAUAUGGUGGCCCUUCUCCUCUCCAAGCAGGCCAAUGGCAACUUUGGCAGCAAGAGCGGCCUCACCCCCCUCCACCUGGUGGCUCAGGAGGGGCAUGUCCAAGUGGCAGACGUCCUCCUCCGGGCCGGAGUUCGAGUGGAUGCAACAACGCGGAUGGGCUAUACUCCGCUGCACGUGGCUUCUCACUACGGGAACAUCAAACUGGUGAAGUUUCUGCUGCAGCAUCAAGCGGAUGUCAAUUCAAAGACCAAGCUGGGAUACACUCCUCUGCACCAAGCGGCCCAGCAAGGGCACACCGACAUCGUGACCCUUCUGCUCAAGCAUGGUGCCUCGCCCAAUGAAGUCAGCUCGAAUGGGGCCACACCUCUGGCCAUUGCAAAGCGUCUGGGCUACAUUUCUGUGACCGAUGUGCUGAAAAUUGUCACUGAUGAGUCCCGCUUCUUGUCAUUCAGUGACAAGCACCACAUGAGUUUACCAGAGACGGUGGACGAGAUCCUGGAUGUGUCCGAGGACGAAGGCACGGCUCACAUAACUCUCCUGGGUGAUGAGUUGCCCGCUACAAAGCCACAGAAGCGGGACUUCCAGUAUCAGGAGGAUGAGAGAGAAAUUGUGGAGUUUGUCCCCAAACUGGACCACACGAGGGAAGAGUCUCCCGCCAUCCCGCGAAUCCCGUGUGUGACGCCUGAGACGGUCCUGAUCCGACCCGAGGAGCCAGAACAGGCUUCCAAGGAAUUUGACGAGGAGUCUCUCAUCCCAAGCAGCCCUGCCACAGAGACCUCCGACAACAUCAGCCCUGUGGCCAGCCCAGUCCACACAGGAUUCCUCGUCAGUUUCAUGGUGGAUGCUCGUGGCGGGUCCAUGCGUGGGAGCAGGCACAACGGCCUCCGCGUCAUCAUCCCACCCAGGACGUGCGCAGCACCCACACGCAUCACCUGCCGCCUGGUCAAGCCCCAGAAACUGCAGGCCCCACCUCCUCUGGCCGAGGAAGAAGGGUUGGCCAGCAGGAUCAUUGCCCUGGGCCCUGCCGGAGCACAGUUCCUCAGCCCUGUAAUCGUGGAGAUCCCUCACUUUGCCUCGCACGGCCGCGGUGACAGGGAGCUGGUGGUUCUACGCAGUGAGAAUGGAUCCAUAUGGAAGGAGCACCGCAGCCGCUAUGGGGAGAGCUACUUGGACCAGGUCCUCAAUGGCAUGGAUGAAGAGCUGGAGAGCCUCGAGGAGCUGGAGAAGAAGAGGAUUUGCCGCAUCAUCACCACGGAUUUCCCUCUUUACUUUGUGGUCAUGUCUCGCGUGUCCCAGGACUGUGACCUGAUUGGCCCAGAGGGUGGCUGUCUGCAGAGCACGUUGGUGCCUCUGGUCCAGGCCACAUUCCCAGAAACAGCAGUCACCAAGAAGGUCAAGCUAGCUCUGCAGGCGCAGCCGGUGCCAGAUGAGCUGGUGACAAAACUUCUGGGGAACCAGGCAACAUUCAGCCCCAUAGUGACAGUGGAGCCACGCCGCAGGAAAUUCCACCGCCCCAUUGGGCUGCGCAUCCCCCUGCCCCCUUCAUGGAGGGAGAACCCCCGGGACAGUGGGGAGGGCGAUACAACCAGCCUGCGGCUCCUCUGCAGCGUCAUAGGAGGAACAGCCCCAGCACAAUGGGAGGACAUCACAGGGACCACAAAGCUUGUCUAUGCCAACGAGUGUGCAAACUUCACCACCAAUGUUUCUGCCAGGUUCUGGCUGGCAGACUGCCCGUGCACAGCCGAAGCCAUCCAUUUUGCUAUGCUGCUUUACAAAGAGCUGGCGGCUGUGCCCUACAUGGCCAAGUUCGUGGUGUUUGCCAAAAUGAACGAGGGCCGCGAGGGCCGCCUGCGCUGCUACUGCAUGACCGACGACAAAGUGGACAAGACGCUUGAGCAGCAUGAAAACUUCACUGAAGUGGCACGCAGCCGGGACAUUGAGGUGGUGGAGGGGAUGCCCCUGCACACAGAGCUUUCUGGGAACCUGGUGCCCAUCAAGAAGGCCACCCAGCAGCGCAGCUUCCUGUUCCAGUCAUUCCGGGAGAACCGCCUGAUCAUCCCUGUCAAGGUGCGAGACAGCAGCCGGGAAGCCAGCGGCUCCUUGUCCUUCCUCCGCAAAGCCAUGAAGUACGAGGAGCUCCAGCAUGUCCUCUGCCACCUGAACAUCACAAUGCCGCCCUGUUCCAAGAGUUCCGGCAGUGAGGAGCGAAGGAGAACGCUGACGCCGCUAGCCUUGCGUGAGAGAUACAGCCUCCCCAGCGACAGCACCCUGGGCUCAGUAAGCAGCACAGAGAAGGACAGAACAGACAUGAAGAUGGCUGUCAUUGCAGAGCAUUUGGGCCUCAGUUGGGCUGAACUGGCCCGGGAGCUGCAGUUUGGUGUGGAUGACAUCAAUAGGAUCCGUGUGGAGAAUCCCAACUCCCUUCUGGAGCAGAGCCUGGCCCUGCUGAACCUGUGGACCAGCCGUGGCGGCCAGAGUGCCAACAUGGAAAACCUGUACACGGCUCUGCGCAACAUAGACCGCAGUGAGAUCAUCAACAUGCUGGAAGGCUCCUCCCGGCAAAGUCGUAGCCUGAAGGGAGACAAACGCUACUCCAAUCGGGAUUACUCCCUGUCGCCCUCCCAGAUGAAUGGUUAUGCUUCGCUGCAGGACGAGCUGCUCUCCCCCGCCUCCCUGCAUUACUCACUGCCUUCCCCGCUGCGCGCUGACCAGUACUGGAGCGAGGUGGCCGUCAUGGAUGCCGUCCCCAUGGCCGCCAGCGAGCAGGACGCCCUCAUGGAGAUGUCCGACAUGCAGGUGUGGUCCUCGGGGCUGACGCCCUCGCUGGUGACUGCCGAAGACUCCUCGCUGGAGUGCAGCAAGGCCGAGGACUCGGACGCCACGAGCGAAGGCCGGUUCCCGGGGCAGCUCCUGGAGGACGCGCAUGGCCCCGACCCGCUGGGCUCCAUGGACCUGGUGGAGGACGACACAGUGGACUCAGACGCCAUGAAUGGCCUGAUGGACAUGCUAGAGCAGGAGGAAGGCCAGCAGAGGGUUCAGGCCCGCAUCACCGAGUCGCCUACUGUCAGUCGGGUCAUCGACAAGGGCAAAGAGAGGCUGGGCAACUGGGCCGUGGAGAGCACCUUCAUCUCCAGUCUGUCGGACCUGCCCAAGGGGGUGUCCUUGAGCCCCCCGGCGCUGCGGCCGUCGGUGCCCUACAGAGUGCGGGGCCGGGAGAGGGAGAGGCCGGAUCACACCCGGAUGGACUCCUCGGAGGAGAGGGAGUGGGGGCUCCAGCCUGGGAGGCGGCAGGGCCUGGCGAAGUGGCUGGAGGAAGCUGAUAGCAGCAUAUUUGGACAAACACAGGGGAAUGAAGCGCUGGAUAUUCCAGGGGAACAAGUGACCGAGGAGCAAUUUACAGAUGAGCAGGGCAACAUUGUCACAAAGAAGAUUAUCCGGAAGGUGGUGCGGCGGCUGGAAACGGACGGGACAGGCGACGCACGGCAGCACGAAGAGGAGGAGGCUCAAGGGAGUGUCUCAAGAUCGGAGCUUCUCGGGGGCAGGAUGGGGGCUCAGAUAGUGAAACGAGCCAGCCUGAAAAGGGGGAAGCAGUGACACCCCUCACCCCCCACCCCUCGAGUGGCCUCUUUGGAGGGCUUCACCUCGACACCAAUCCACUGACCUCCACCUCCCCCUUGUGCCCCCACGAUGGCCAGGCGAGCGGAGCCACGAGCUCACUGGGGCAGGGCUGGCUCUCCAUGACUCUUUAGGUUACAUGGCAUGAUUUCCGUAAGAGACCUAACUUUACUGUCUUAUUCGCAUGACCGACCGACUGCAGACGCAUGAGCUACAGUUCUUCCUCCUGACCUAAAGCCCGGACCGAGGAGGGGAAGCCGUGCGGGGGCGCCUGCUUCCCGGAGCCCUCUUCUUCUGAUGCAGCAGGGAAGGAGUCAGCGGGAUGGCACUCGGCGGCCCAUCCACCCUCGCCCAGCCCUCCCUCAUGCCCAGCCUUCGGUCCAGGUCUGCAGGCCUAGGAGAUGGGAAGCAGAGCAGGGCUGCCCAGGGGGAGAGAAACCCGCCCCCCGGCUGUUCCUGUCCAGUUCGGGUGGAAAAGCGCGGCCUGGACAGUGGCUCAAACCUUGUGUAUACAAUGCGAACAGAUACCUACUAUGCAAACACAAAUAGGGACGUUCGGCAGGAUGGCAUUGGCGCGGCUCCCCGAGAAGCCUCCCCAGGCUGCCAGCCCACAGCGGGAGGGAGGCAGGGAGUGCUAAGGAUGGUGCCAGGCAGAGCAGAUCUCCCAGGCUCAUAUCUCUCUCUCUUGCAAAGACACACACACAUAUUCGGGGGGCGGGGUGAGCGGUGGGUGGAAGAAGAGAGGGGGGAGGAAGGGCUAGUGGAUGAGCCUCUGCCAGUCCACUUGUGCCAGGCCCACGGGCACCAAACCCUCGGGCUGGAAGAGCGCAGCGUCCCGCUUGCGCCCGAUGCCCGGCUCCACCCAGCACAAUCUGUCACUCAGGAGAGGUGCAGAGCUGCGUUGCAACCUUACCUGCGCUUCUACACUAGGGAGGACCCGCAAAGGCCUCCCAACUCAGCACAGACGUGGCACCUGCCAAAGUUUCCUGGACCACUCCUAGCUGGGGAGUAGCUGAAUCUCCCCCCCCAACCCACUUACACACUCCCACACCAAGUCCCAGGAUGAAUAAAGGGAAGAGCAGUGCACUCUGGGCCUUUUUUCCCUGCCAGAGGAUGCUCUACUGCCCCCUCCCUGCCCCUUGGUGCUUGGGGAGUCCUCCCCCUCCCCAGGACACUUCUUCCAGCCAAGCCAGAGGCCUGGGACUCCUUCCUUGAGCAAAAGGUCGAUCCUUUUAGGGGGCAUCUGCUCUGGGAUUCCAAAGAGAGCGGGGGGGGGGAGUUGGUGGGGAGUUAUGCUGGCUGGUUGCCAUGUGACCCCCCCCCACUUCAGUCUUUGGACCCAGAAGAGAUGACAAGGGGCACCUGCUUCCUGAGAAAUGCACAAGUUCAGCUCUUUCCCCCAGGGCCCCCCCUUCCAGGCCUUUGGUGCUGUUGCUGCCACCCCAUAUGCAGCUGCCCCGGGUCGUUGACACCCCCCCAAGCAAUCUGGGGCUGGGCAAGCAUGUGGGUCCCACUCUCAUGCACAAGGGGCAGGGUGAUGGGGCGAGGGAAGGGAAGCUGGGGAAAGACCCAAGAAUGUGGUCCAGGCAUCUCCACAGAAAGUAUCAAGAGCUGCCCCAGUGACUACCAUGCAAAGUACACACAGCGACCCCCCCCCCGCCACCUUCAUGCAACAUGUGCCCUGUAUGCCCGCCCGCCCCAAAUUGCUGACACAGCCUUUGCCAUAGACUCUAGCGUGGGGCCCCCCCAUGCUUUGGCCUCCUGUAGUGCGUAGGAAAAUGAGCUGCGAACUGUGCCCCCCUCGCCUGCCUGCGGGGCGACGCUUUGCCCGCUGAUUGCUAGUAGGAGCUGUAGGGGAGGGUGAUGCCUAGAGAAUGCUGCCUUCUGCACUCUAGAUGCUUUUUAGAAGUUUAUGAGAUUACUUUUAGUUUCUUUUUUAUUGUUAUGGGAAUUUUUGAGCCUUUUGGCUCCUCCUCCUCCCCUCCCUCUUCCUCCCCACCUCCAUCCCUCACCCCUGAUGUAUAGACCAUCCUCCCUUGUCCACCUGCUACCAGAAUCCAAGUUAAUAAAGAAACCAACACCACUU